UUGUCUCCUUGAUGAACCACGUGCUGCUCGAGCGUCAAAUUCGCCCAAUUUAUGAUGCCGUCGACUCGGGAUCAAAUAAGUUAGCAGUGCAGCAAUGUAACAAGCUCUUGAAAAAGUUUCCUUCAUUGGAUAUUGUCAAAGCCUUGAAAGCACUUGCCAUCGUACGUCUAAAUAAGGUUGAGGAAUGUCUCCCUAUCUGCGAUGAAGUCCUUGCAAAUAAACCGACGGACUUGGAUACGUUGAACGUCAUGAUGCUCGUUUUACGAGCUCUAGGGAGACAUUCUGACCUUGUCACGAUGUAUGACGAAGCGUAUCGUGCUCAGCCUGGAAACGAGGAACUUGGCGCUCAAGACUUUUUCGCAAAUGUACGCACAGGGAACUGGAAAGCAUCUCAACAAAUUGCACAGCGUCUGCAUAAGUCAUUUGCAGCAUCUAGUGGGGAUCGUUAUUUGUAUUGGUCUGUGCUAGCAGCAACACUGCAGGCGAAUGACAGUACUACACCCCCUCCAAUGCGUCCAAUGCUGCAGAAGCUAGCGCACCGGCUACUUCAGGGUGUUGAGAUACCUCCCCAUGCAUCAGCGGAUCGCUUGCACGUACACCUAAGUGUUCUCAAGUCUCUCGAGAUGUAUGAUAAUGCGGCUGCUUUAGUGGAUACUAUGGAGGGUAAGGCAUUAGCAAAAACAAGCCUUAUUGUCGAUGAGGUGCGGCGUGAGCUCGUGCGCGCACGGAAAGACUUCAAAGCCGAAGGGGAAUGGGCGCGAGAGAAACUAGCCAAUGAGGAUCGUAAUUGGCUCGAAUUUCUUGCUGUUAUUGAAGCUGCAUUUGUGGAACCGACCGAAACGAUUAUGACGGAAACUCGUGAACUAUUCCGUAAACUCGCGGAGUCUGACGGUCUGAGAGAUCGCGGUGCUUUGCUUGCGUCUUUGGAAUUUGAACGUCGAGCACGGGAACAGAACCUCGGUCAUGAUUUUGAAUUGGAAACUGGCAUUAUGGGGCUCAUUAAAACAUACUUCGAGCGAUUUGGAGAUAAGCCAUCCUGUUUUGAGGACCUGAGGCCGUAUGUCGCAUUGGAGGGUGAAGAGCUCUCAAAAUUAUCUUCAUAUCUCGACUCUCAGGACUGUCAAGUUGAUACAGCGGUCAAUGCACAGCGUUCAAUAAACAUUUGCAAGCUGCAACGGUUCAUUCUGCCGUCGGCAGAAAUAACUGUCGAGAAAGAGACUGCUCGUGCAUUAGAGUAUCUACGAACUUACAUAGACGCUCUUCCACUUGGAAAGGAGCUUCCGAGUACGGAACUUCAGCCUGCGGAUGACCUCGCCCUUCUUGCUGCACAGGCCUUUGUUAACUCGUGGAAGCUGGACGGUAAUGUGAGUUGGCUGUACACGGCGGCUUCUGUUCUCGAAUAUGCGGCGCAACGUAGCAAGAACAGCUAUCUCAUCCGAUUACAUCUCGUUCGCAUUCACCGCCUCCUAUCCGCGUCUUCCCUUGCUCUGCAGCACUAUCGCGCAAUGCGCGUCAAGCAAAUCCAGACCGAUACUCUGUCACACUUCCUACUAGCACGGGCGUCAACAUAUUCGCUUGCUGCGGCUGGUGACCUGACACUUACUACGGAGUGCGUAGAAGCGAGCAAUAUCUACGCUUCUAAUUCACAGGAUACUUCAGAAUUCAUCGUGCGGGCGUUUGCUCAGGAGAAGUAUUCCCAGAUUCCUGAUCUGAUCGACUUUGAGGAACGCCUAGACAACUCUUUGCAAAGAGAUCUGGUAAAGAUUGAACAUGUUCGGAUGCGACUCGCACAUGAGGGUCUUUCGCAAGACCUCGUCGAUAUGGAACUUAUCGAGCUGAAGUUCAUCUUUGAUCGAACACACCAUGAUAAUCGCGAUUUUGAUGUCCUCCCGAACUAUCAGCCACGCGGACAACCGACAUUCAACGACCAGACACUGCUGAUCAAUUCACCAGGCCUAGGCUGGCUCACGACGUUCCUACGUAUCUACAUCCGUAUUUUCCUUCUCGCGAGUGACAUCGAUGACACCGUCGAGGAGAAGCUGCUCAUUGGUGAUCGACCAAAAGUCGCAGAUAUCCCAGAGAACAAAAUCCCGCUGCGGGAGCGCAUCCACUUACGAAAGGAAGAAGAGCUGAACGAGUUAUCCACUGAUGAACGUUCACUUUUCGAAUACGUCUCAGCAUUAUGCGACUGGCUAACACCUUACCACAACCAUGCUCGUCCGCCACCGGAGACCGUCCUUGCGGAAGCUACGAAAGCUCAAGAGCAACAGCGCAACGGAAAGGCCGCGGCGACUUCCAAAGCAGCGAGGGCUUCGCCUAACGGGUCGCCAUCGCCGCCGACGAAUGGACAGAAGAAGGUCUGCGAGGAGCCUCCACCUGUGAAGGAUGCACCAGAGACUGUCAUUGGCCACUUUGACGCUAUGGCUGCUCGAUUUAAAGUGCUUAUUGGAGAAAAGCAUCUUCCUUGGGAGGCACUCCAUGUUGCUACACUCACUCAGGAGGCGGCACUUAUGCUUGCCCUUGUAUCACUCCGCUUUAAGACUCCUGCUGUCGUAAAGCAAAACAAACUCGGUGCAUUAACCACGAGCCUGAGAACGCUUCGUCAAAAAGCUGUAUCGGCACUCAAGGAGAUGUCAGCAGAGCUGACGAAGAUAGGUGCUCACGAGGGUACUGCUGAGGCUCGGCGUGCGUUCGUAACUGCUUGCAAGCUAAUUCAGGACUAUCCCGGAUUCGAUAACGAUGCCCUCGUGGAUAUCGCCAAGCGUGUCUGCGACUCACGUAAGCGCGUUAUUGAGGGCGUAGCAAAGGGUAUCACGAAGGUGGCAACGACUCAUCUGCAGUAAAAAUACUUCACGAAUCAUGAUUUCUCGUCUGCUUAUGCCAACGUCAUUACUCUUUGUUUGUCUCGCGAACUUGCUUUGCACAACAAAUUCGUGACAGUGUUAUGACUUAUAGAUGCCUGUUGCCCCUGCUGAUGUCACGUCCAGUUCAAGCCCAACCAAUUAAUCCCCUCUCAAACUUCUUUUAUCUUCGUCUAUCAUUCAUACAUUAGCAUACAACAUAUCGAUCUAUUGCUGUUUCAAUCUCUGACACUCAUGCUCAAAUUCAUUGUAC